CGCCCGGAAGUGGUGGCGAGGAGGGCCACGUGAGCGGCAGCAUGGCGGCCCAUCGGUCUGGGCCGCUCAAGCAGCAAAAUAAAGCGCACAAGAGCGGGCGGCAUCGGAGCCGCGCCUCUGCGCAGCAGGACAGCAAAGGACGUGUAGCACCGAAAAUCCUAAGCAAGAAGGUAAGGAAAGAGCUCAGCAGAGUAGACCAGAGACAUCGCGCCAGCCAGCUCCGAAAGCAGAAGAAGGAGGCGGUUCUGGCAGAGAAGAGACAACUAGGCAGCAAGGAUGGUCCCCCUCAUCAGGUGUUGGUGAUACCCCUGCACAACAGGAUUUCCCUGCCAGAGGCUUUCAGGCUGCUUCAGGAUAACAACACUGGAACUGUACACUUGGACGCAAGGGGAAGCACCAGCUUUAUGCUUUUAUGCCCUCGCUUGAAACAUCGAUGGUUUUUCACAUCUGCAAGACCAGGGGAUCUACACACUACCUUAGACUUGGCUAAAGUGGCUGAUACCAUUCUGUUUCUCCUUGAUCCAUUAGAAGGCUGGGACAGUACAGGGGAUUACUGCCUUUCCUGCCUCUUUGCUCAGGGCCUUCCCACCUAUACCCUAGUUAUCCAGGGAGUUUCUGGCCUUCCACUGAAGAAACAAAUAGAUGCCAAGAAGAAGUUAAGUAAAGCAGUGGAGAAGCGCUUUCCUGAUGACAAACUCCUCCUGUUAGACACUCAACAAGAAGCAGGAAUGUUGCUGAGGCACUUGGCUAACCAAAAGCAGCGGCAUCUUGCCUUUCGAGAUCGGCGAGCUUACUUGUUUGCCCAUGCUGUUGACUUUGUGCCUAGUGAAGAGAAUAACCUGGUGGGCACCAUGAAAAUCUCAGGCUAUGUUCGUGGGCAGAGUUUGAAUGUAAAUAGCUUGCUGCAUAUUGUUGGACAUGGUGAUUUCCAGAUGAAGCAGAUAGAUGCCCCUGUGGAUCCUUUCCCUUUAAGUCCUCGAGUCAUCAAAUCUCAAAAGGACUCAGGUAUGAUGGAGAUUUGUUCUACAGAUACUGUAGCUGAUAUGGAGGAAGAUGUUAAGGUCCUAAUGAAAGCAGAUCCUCAUAGACAAGAAUCUCUGCAAACAGAGGUGAUCCCAGAUCCAAUGGAGGGAGAACAGACUUGGCCCACUGAAGAGGAACUGAAUGAGGCAAAUGACCAUCUGAAGGAACGGUCCAAGGUGGUGAAGAAGGUACCCAAAGGAACAUCCAGUUACCAGGCUGAAUGGAUUUUGGAUGAAGAUGGUGAAACUAAUGGGGAAGAUGAAGAGGAUGAUUAUCUAGAACAUGAGGAUUUUAUGGAAGAAGAAUCUCAGGAUGAGAGUAGUGAAGAAGAGGAAGAGGAGGAAUGUGAAACAAUGACCAUAGGGGAAUCUGUGCGUGAUGAUCUGUAUGAUGAAAAACUGGAUGAGGAGACUGAGGAAAAAAUGUUGGAAAAAUAUAAACAAGAAAGACUGGAAGAAAUGUUUCCAGAUGAAAUAGAUACCCCCCGUGAUGUGGCUGCCAGAAUUCGAUUUCAGAAAUACAGAGGUCUCAAGAGCUUCAGGACAUCUCCUUGGGAUCCUAAGGAAAAUCUUCCUCGAGAUUAUGCUCGGAUCUUUCAGUUUCAGAACUUUACUAAUACAAGGAAACGCAUCUUUAAAGAGAUUGAGGAAAAAGAAUUUGAAGGAGCUGAGGUUGGCUGGUAUGUCACACUUCAUGUCUCAGAAGUUCCUGUCUCAGUGAAUGAGUGCUUUAAGCAGGGACUACCCUUGAUUGCGUUCUGCUUACUACCUCAUGAACAGAAGAUGUCAGUCUUGAAUAUGGUAGUGAGCCGGCAUCCUGGCAACACUGAACCUGUGAAAGCCAAAGAGGAACUGAUUUUCCACUGUGGGUUCAGACGCUUCCGAGCCUCUCCUUUAUUCUCUCAGCACACUGCAGCGGAUAAACAUAAAUUUCAGAGAUUUCUAACUGCUGACACGGCCCUGGUUGUGACGGUGUAUGCCCCAAUCACUUUUCCUCCUGCAUCUGUACUGCUCUUCAAGCAGAAUAAUGAUGGAAUGCACAGUCUAAUUGCCACAGGCCAUCUGUUGUCAGUGGAUCCAGACAGAAUGAUCAUCAAGAGAGUUGUUUUGAGUGGUCAUCCUUUCAAAAUUUUUACUAAGAUGGCAGUAGUACGUUACAUGUUCUUCAAUAGAGAUGAUGUGCUGUGGUUCAAACCAGUGGAACUGAGAACAAAAUGGGGUCGAAGGGGACACAUCAAAGAACCUUUAGGUACUCAUGGACAUAUGAAGUGUAGUUUUGAUGGGAAGUUAAAAUCUCAGGACACAGUGCUGAUGAAUCUAUAUAAACGAGUUUUCCCUAAAUGGACUUAUGAUGCAUAUGUGCCAGAACCAAUAUCUUGGAUGAAAAAUGAGAUUUCAACAGUGCGUGAAGUGGACAUGGAGUAAUGGAUUAAAUGCUGCUAAUUAA